CACCAGCUCGCUCCCCACGGUCUACAGCCUGCGUUCAUGGCUCGGUCGUCCAUAGAGCCACUGGUGGUCGAGAAAGUGAUCGGAGAUGUUCUCGACAUGUUCACUCCGGCUGCCAAUUUUACAGUCCAUUACGCGUCCAGACAGGUCGCUAAUGGCUGCGAAAUCAAGCCCUCUGCCGCCGUCGAUAGGCCCAGCGUCCAAAUUCUUGGUCCUCGAGUCUCAACCACCUUCUAUACUCUUGUUAUGGUCGAUCCUGAUGCUCCUAGCCCAAGUGAACCAACAUUGAGAGAGUGGCUCCAUUGGAUCGUUGUAGAUAUCCCAGAAGGGUCAGAUGCCACCAAAGGGAAAGAGUUGGUAGCGUACAUGGGGCCUCGGCCACCGACAGGAAUUCAUCGGUACAUAUUUGUGCUGUUAAAGCAGAAGCAUGCUGCAAUGAUGGUGGGGUGUCGAGCUCCAGACGGGCGUGGGAAUUUUAGCACCCGAGAGUUUGCUGCUCAGUACGAGCUUGGCCCUCCGGUUGCGGCGGUGUAUUUUAAUUCACAGAAGGAACCCGCUACUAAAAAACGCUGAUCAUUCUGUUCGGUGUUUCAUGUUGUUGUUUGAUCAUUCUGGUUUGGUUUGUGUAAGUUUCUUAUUCGUAUUGAGUUCUAAUUUUUGGGUUGGAUUACUA